AUGAGUUCUACAACUAAAGCAACUAAAGGUGGAAGAGGCAAGCCAAAGGCCUCCAAAUCUGUUUCAAGAUCUUCCAAGGCCGGUCUCCAAUUUCCCGUCGGUAGAAUCGCCAGAUUCUUGAAGGCUGGAAAGUACGCCGAACGUGUCGGUGCCGGCGCUCCCGUCUACCUCUCCGCCGUUCUUGAAUAUCUCGCCGCCGAGGUUUUGGAAUUGGCUGGUAAUGCCGCUAGGGACAACAAGAAGAACCGAAUUGUACCAAGGCAUAUUCAGCUUGCUGUUAGGAACGAUGAAGAACUGAGCAAGCUUUUGGGAGCUGUGACCAUUGCUAAUGGUGGAGUUUUGCCUAAUAUUCACCAGACUUUGUUACCUAAGAAGGUUGGAAAGGGAAAAGGAGAAAUUGGAUCCGCUUCUCAAGAAUUCUAG